UGUUGCUCGAUUGUAACAGCGGCACUGGCCAACCGGAGGGUUACGAACUGGCGGACACGAAGCCGCUGGAUCCUCGCCUGCGGAGCAGCCUCCCCCCGGGAGAAGGGCUGCGUAAGGCUGGCGGUGGAGCGAAACACCUGCAACCGAAAGGAUUCGCUUUUGUUUCAGCUACAGGCAUGAGCGCGUCCACACUCAACACCGCGAUCGGUCCCUAGCACAGCUAUCCGGCUGCGUACACGCUGGUAGUUUCCUGUCGCUCACCGCAGGUGACGGGCAGUACGGUUUUAGGAGGAAUCUGAAUGCCAAACACUCGCUUUGCUUCAAGAGAGAAAUGGCGUGGGAACCUCUGUGCGACAGCAAACGCUAGGUUAAAGGAUGAGUUUAACAAUUGCUGCAGAUGUCUUGCUUGAAAAUAACGCAGUGAUGUACCUGGAAAACGUUCUAGACUCGCUAGCUUAAUUACCCAGCGCACGAAGAGUAGCAUGCAAUUCUCUAUGAAUUCGUUACGUUAGCUAGCUAGCUUUGUAGUCUAUAUAUGUUAUCGAUUUGCACGCUGAAUCAACCAAUCACAUAUUUGUAAACGGAAGACACUCGGAAAUAUAUUACGUUUGCUACUCUAACCAUUUGCUGCACCCCACGUCAGUUGAGUGCCCGUCUUCGAGUCUUUGAAGUGCGCGGAUAAUUGUGCCUUUUAUGUUUGGAAAUUGCAACCCUUAAUUAUCGGAACAGUAGCCUAAUUUGAAGGACCUUGAAGAUGGCGACUGGAACGAAUUGGCAACAAGACUACUACAGUACGGGCAAUUCAUCCACCGGAGCGGGGAAGUACAAUUCUGCUUCAACAUCAUCGAGCAUGUCUUACCAGCCGAGCCUAACUCUGGAAUAUACACAGGAUCUACACCUGAAAAUGAGCAAGAAAAUAGCACAGCUUACAAAGGUGAUCUACGCCCUCAACACCAAGAACGACGAGCAGGAGGCCGACCUGCAGGCCCUGAAGGAGGCGCAUGAGGAGGAGGUGCAGCAGAUCCUGUCGGAGACCCGGGAGAAGAUCCUGGAGUACCAGAGCCAGAUUGGCGAGGAGACGGACCUGCGGCGCCGGCUGCAGUCCCUGGAGGAGUCUGCGGAGCUGCACGAGCGGGCAAAGCGGCGGGCGCUGGCCGAGCUGGAGGCGUACCGCCAGCGCAUGGAGGAGGCGCAGCUGUGCGCCGAGGCGCAGCACACCCAGCGGGUCAUCGCCGCCUCCCGCGAGGCCGAGGAGAUGCGCCGCGACUUCGAGGAGCGCCUGCGCUCCUUCGGGCAGACGCGGGCGCGGCUGGAGCGGGAGAAGCGGCGCGCCCUGGAGGAGCUGCGGGCCGCCAGGCGGGAGGAGGCGCAGCAGGAGGUGCUGCGCUCCCGGCAGGGCGAGGAGCAGGAGCUGCGGCGGGCAGAGGUGGAGUCGCUGGCGGAGCUGGUGGAGGAGCUGCGUCAGGACCGGCAGCGCAUGGCGGAGGAGUACGAGGUGCGGCUGGGAGAGGCUCAGGCCUUCUACGAGCACGAGCUGGAGGCCGCCAAGCGCACGCAGCAGCUGACCGCCGACAGCCUGCUGGCCUGGAAGAAGACGGAGGCGGAGCUGAGGAAGGAGUUCCAGGUGCAGGAGGCCGGGCUACAGCGUGCCCUGGGGAAGCUGCGGGCGGAGCUGCAGCGGGUGCAGGAGGAGGCCCGCGAGAGCCGCGAGAAGGCCAGCCGGCUGCAGACCCUGCUCAACAGCGCCGAGACCACCAUCCGGGACCUGCACAGACAGCUGGACGAGGCAGUGCAGGACGGAGAGAUCACCUCCAUCCGGCAGCAGGAGACGGAAUGCGAGCUGGAGGCGGCCCGGGACAGGGUCCAGCAGCAGGCCACCGAGAUCCUUCUCAAAGCCAGCCAGAUCGGCAGCCUUCAGGCCACACAGGUGACCCACGAGGCGUCCAUCCGGGAGCUGGAGUCGGAGAGAUCCCGUCUGAAGGAGAGGGUGCUGAGGCUGGAGGAGGAGCAGGCAGGGAUCCAGAGCAAAAGCCAGGCGCUGGACGAGCAGCAGAGACAGGAGAUCCUCUCCCUGGAGAAGGCACGGCGGGAGGAGAAGCAGGUCCAUGAGAGGGCGCUGAUGAGCGUACGUGUGCGGUACGAGGAGGAGACGGCCCAUCUGAAGGAGGCGCAGGCGAAGGCACUGGAGGAGCUGUCCCAAAAACACCGCAGCAUGCUGGAGAGCACACACAGCUCCGCCGAGAGGGAGAGGAGCCACCUGCUGACUGAAAUGGAGCAGCAGUUUGAGAAAGAAAGAGUCUCAUUGGAGGAGGAGAAGACCCACCUCCGACAACAGCUGGAGACCCUGAGGCAGGAUCUUACUGCCAAACUCAGCACAGCCAAUCAGGAGGUGACCCGUCUGCAGGAGGAGGUCCAGCAGGCGGAGGAGGGCCUCACCUCCGCCCAGGGUCAGAUCUCCAGCCUGAAGGAGGCCCAGGAGAAGCUACUCACUGAGCUGGACGUCACCAGGGCCCGACUGAGGGAGACCAGCAACAUCCUUACAGCCCUGCAGGAGGAGAUGGAGACUCAGAAACAGGAGCACGAGGCCAGGCUUAUCACAGUGAAAUCCGAGGAGAAGAUGAAGAUGGACAAGACCACCCUGGAGCUGGAGCUUAAAUGGACCGAGACUUUAAGGCAGGAGUGUAAGAAGCUGCGGGAGGAGCUGAGGGAGGAGCACGAGGAGGAGAAGCGGGUGGCCUUGACGGAGCUGUCCCAGCAGAAGGAGCAGGAGAUGAGCGCAGCCAGGGAGGCCUGGCAGAGGAGGGUGGAGGACCUGCUGGAGCAGAUCUCGCUACUGAAACAGAGCCUGGAGCUGCAGCUGUCGCAAUCCCAGAAUUCCCUGCAGCAGCUGCAGGCGCAGUUCAGCCAGGAGAGGGAGCACCUGAGCCAGCAGCUGCAGGAGAUGGAGCUGGAGCAUCAGCAGAGGGAGCGGGACCUGAAGGAGGCCCACCUCCACGUCACGCGAGGCCUGGAGGAGACUCACCAGAGGGAGCUCAAGGACCUGGAGACGUGUCUGCGGCGGAAGCAGCAGAAGGACCUGCUGGCCCUGCGUGAGGCACAGAGGCGGAGUCUGGAGACGCUGAGGCAGCACUCGGAGCAGGAGCUGCAGACCCUGCGCUUCGAGCUGGAGGACGAGGGCAAGGCCAUGCUGGCGUCCCUGCGCUCCGAGCUCAACCACCUCCACGCCUCCGCCAUGGAGCACCUGCGUCAGACCCACCAGCAGGAGAGCGCCGCUGCCAAACUGGACCUGGAGAACAUGCUGGAGCAGAGCCGCAAACAGGAAAGGGAUCUCACAGGACGGAUCUCGGACCUGCAGGAUGAGCUGAGCUGCAGGAGGAACCGGAUAACUGAACUGGAUCACGAGAUCCACACUCUGAAUGAGACCAUCAGCACGCUCACCAAGGAGCUGGAGCUCAAGGGCCAGGAGGUGCUCAGGAUCCGCAGCGAGGCCAACCAGCAGAUGAGGGCUCAUGAGCAGGAUCUGGUGAAGAGGCACGAGAGAGAGAUCAGCGAGCUCCACGCAGCCCACAACAGAGAGACACAGAACAUGCUGUCAGACUUCAACAAGGCACAGGAGCUGCUGAAGGACAAGAUCUCUGCACUGCAGAUCCUGCUGGAGGGGACGGAGGAGAAGUUCCGGAAGAGAGAGAGCCGGCCCGAGGACCUGCAGGCUAUUGCCGAGCUCAAGGACAUGGUGACCGAGAGGGAGGCCCUGGUGAAGAAGCUGGUGGAUGACAAAAAGUUCUACCAGCUGGAGUUGGUGAACAGAGAGACGAACUUUAACAAGGUCUUCAGUCCCGGGCCCAACGUGGGGGUGAUUAACCCGCUCGUAAAGCAAAAGAGAAAGAGCGACAAAUCGGAAAACCGAUUCACCAGCUCUCCGAGUCUAAGCGCUCUGGAAGUGUGUGGGCCAGGGAGCGGACCCCCCCUCCCCAACCGCCUAGACCCCGCCCCCAGCUCCCCAAUUCACCACCCCGAGCUCGACACGAGCAAACCUCUGCCCCCACCGACCCCUCCGACAGAGCCCAAGAAAUUCACGAGCCCUCCUGAGACAGAGGAGUCACCCGAGACGUCACCCGACUCCCAGCGGCAAGAGUGGUUCGCAAGAUACUUCUCUUUCUGACUCUUCCCUCACACGGCGGCCGAAGAGAGGGUCAACGAAAAGAGAGCGGCCGUCAAGGAUGCACCAUUACACUGUUCUUUACUCCACUGUGAAUGGAUUGUUUGUUUGUGCAGUGAUAAUAAUUAUGUCUGACAAGGUCUUUGGUCCAGUUCUCGUCGAGUGGUGCAUUAAUAUUUGUUUAAUGCAGUGCGUUGUCUUGUCUCUGUACCUUAUUUUAGAACUGCACCGGGAGUUUGGUACAGCUCAGCAAUGAUUUUGUUAGAACCUAAACUGUUUGUAUGGUUGUCUCAACAUGGAUAUGAUGAUGUCUUGCCAAUUUUUGAAGAAAUGGCAUCAUUUAUAUUUAUAUUA